AAACAGCUGAUUUCAUGUGUUUCGACAAAAGUUGUUUUUUCUUUGGAUUUGUUUACAAAAAGCUUCAAUAUGUUAACUUCCAUGGUAAAGGAGCAUCACAAGGAGCAGGCGAAGCGAAAACAGGAGCAGGAGGUGCGUCGAAAGGAGGCAAUAGAAGCGUCCAAUGAGCUCACUCAAUCUCUGGUGGACACCCUAAAUGUGGGCGUGGCUCAGGCCUACCUGAACCAGAAGCGCCUGGACGCCGAGGCCAAGCAACUGCACUUGGGCGCCACCAAUUUCGCCAAGCAGACCCACCAAUGGCUGCAGCUCAUCGACCAAUUCAGCACUGCCCUAAAGGAUCUCGGAGACGUGGAGAACUGGGCACGCAGCAUAGAGGGUGACAUGCAUACUAUUAACCAGACCCUAGAGCUGGCAUACAAAGCCUCUCGAGCGACACAGACAUCGAGCGGAGCUGGAACAGCCCUCGAGGCCUCAACUUCACCGUCGGCAAGUGCAAAUCCCAGUGCUACUUGAGCCUUUUCCAAAGAAUGCAUUGCAUUGCACUUGUAUCCUGUGGAGGUCCUUUGAGUAAGUGGUUGAUCGGUUCCGUUUCCCAUACAAACCUAGUUAAUCCUAAUUAAACUGAAAUUUAUAGAAGCUUAAGUAAAUGAUAUGUGCGACAAAUUCAAUAAAACACCUAUUCACAAGUUAA